UGAAACAAUAUGAAACAAUUAAUGUUUAAGAACCCAAAACAUAAUUUAGCAAUAUAAAUUCAGUAUUGUAUUUAAACCAGUGAGAAUGGAUUAGAUUUACGAAUACAAAAUCAGAUACAAGAUAACAUGCUAUAAAAUAGGUAAAAGCAAGAAUCUGCAUUGAAAGUGCUCUGCUCCAAUAUAGAUCCAAUAUUUCCUUGACAUUCUAGUUAUCUGUAGGGUAUUAUUCCUUUCUGCACUAACCAAGUUCAAGUAUCGCAUACCAAAGUUCGCUUCUCUACCCUGUGUUAGCUUCUAUUAUUUAUCACGACAGUGCCAACUGUGUGUAACACAACACACGGACAUUAUGUGACACGGGUGUACACGGCAACAAGACACGGUUGGGUAGUUUGACGUAGUGAGAUAUAAUCUACACUGCCAACUUUUGCACAGAUCCUGGACAAAAAUCUGGCAAUGUAGCACAGGUGUGCUGUGUAGUAAGGUAAACGUACACAGGUAAGGUACACAGUUGGAAGCCCACCCAGGCCUUAAAUGACGUCGUCUAUGCCACAGUGACAUGUGACACACGACAACAAUGUCAUAACGACACACGAGCUACACACCUAAUGGUUGCUCGACUGCUGUAGAAAUUAACAACAAAUGAAACUCUUUGGGCCCUUGAUUUGGAUUACAUGCAUAGCUCUGUAUUGUGAUGCAAAGAAAUACACUGUAACAGAAGGAAGCACCUUUACGUGUAGAACUAGUGUACCACCCAAUAUUCAAUGGAUUAUAACAACAGUCGCAGAUAAAAUUAUAAACAUCUGCGAUUGUGACAUCAGCCAUAUAUGUUCAAUGUAUGGCUACACAGAUAAGUUUCUCGCGACGUGCGACUAUGCCUUAUCACAAUCAUCAGAAAGUAUUCAAUAUGAAGGCGUCUUGACAGUACGAAAUAUCAAGAAUGAUAUGCUCAAGCUCUCAUGUUUAGACGGCAAGGGCGAGGAGGUUGACAGCUGCGAAUUGGAUUUUGUUGGGAAUGACAUCACAACCCAAUCAACAGAACCAUUAUCGGAUGGCAGCCAUCUUGCUUUAAUCGUGUCAUUCACAACAGUAUUGUGGAUCGUAGUGUGUGUGGUGUUAUCAACAGUAUGUGUGAUAAUUAAAAGAAGAAAAAUAAGACGUGCUCAAAGAGCGAACGUGCAAAACGUACUUGCUAGAGCCCACGCCUAUGCUGCUCAGCCAAAUCUAAAUACCCAGCAGGACCUUCCUGUCCUUGAACCACCGUCUUAUUCUUCGCUCUACUCAAGUGCUGUCUCACCAUCGUGCUCAACAUCACUUCAGAAUACUCAACAGUACACGUCAUUACAAGAUGUCCCUUUACAGUACACGUCAUUUCAAGACGUUCCUCCAGAGUACACGCCAUUUCAAGACGCGCCUCCACAAUAUUCGUCUCUACACGAAGUUUUGCAAAACACGUCAUUACAAAAUGUAACUCCACAAUAUGCGCAUAUACAUGAUGUACCUCCACCGUACUCUUCCGUGCAAGAGGUCCCUCCACAAUAUACGUCAUUACAAGACGUCCCUCCCCAAGACCCGUUGUUACAAAACGUCAUUUUACAAAAUACAUCGUUAGAAGAAGUCCCUCCACAAUAUACGUCAUUACAUGACGUCUCUUCACAAGACAAAUAAUUGUAAA